CCGAAAGGGACUUAAGUCGGAGAAGUUUGCGCACAGCCUCAUCUCGGGGCGAGCAGAGGCAGGCUCCGCUAAGGAAAGCCAGCCCCCCCCAGACCCUGGGUGGGCUGCACCUUGCGGACUGCAGACCCUCCUGGUUGGAGAGGUGCGCACUUCCGCACCUCACCCUGAGGUUGGUGAAGCCCGAGAUCCUGAGAACGCCUGAGCUGUGCCCAGACACCCAGUGAGAGAAUUCCUGGAUCCACCUAAGGUAAGUGUAGAGCGCCUUCCACACGAGAAGAAACGGACAGAGCACAGCUGCUACACCCCGGAUUUGAAAAUGAGUCCACGGAGGUCCAGAGUGAGAAGGGGCAACCUUCGCAAGCCGAAGAUGAGGUUCCCUUUCAUGAACCGGUACACCCUUCUGCUCCUCCUUCUGGUGAGCCCCAGCCCAGUUGUUCAGGCCCCUUCCAAUCACACUGACUCCAGCCUCAAUCACGAGCCAUUCCUGUACCUGGUUGGACGCAAGAAGCUCGUAGAUGCCCAGUACAGAUGCUAUGACCGAAUGGAGCAGUUGCCUCCUUAUGAGGGUGAAGGUCCAUUUUGCAACCGCACCUGGGAUGGCUGGCUGUGCUGGGAUGACACUCCAGCUGGGGUGAUGUCCUACCAGCCAUGCCCUGACUACUUUCCAGACUUUGACCCAGCAGAAAAGGUUUCAAAAUACUGUGAUGAAAACGGAGAAUGGUUUAGACACCCUGACAGCAACCGAACCUGGUCCAACUACACUCUGUGCAACGCGUUCACUCCUGACAAACUGCAUAAUGCGUAUGUCCUGUACUACCUGGCUCUUGUGGGUCACUCUUUGUCGAUCGCUGCUUUGGUUAGUUCCAUGGGGAUCUUCAUGUUUUUCAAGAACCUUGGCUGCCAAAGGGUGACUCUGCAUAAGAACAUGUUCCUUACUUACAUUCUGAACUCUAUCAUUAUCAUCAUCCACCUGGUUGAGGUCGUGCCCAAUGGAGAUCUGGUGCGACGGGACCCGAUGCAUAUAUUUCAUCAUAACACACAUAUGUGGACAAUGCAGUGGGAACUGUCACCACCCCUACCCCUGAGUGCAAAGGAGGGAAAGCUGCACCCUCAUGACAGUGAAGUGAUAAGUUGCAAGAUUCUGCACUUCUUCCAUCAGUACAUGAUGGCUUGCAACUAUUUCUGGAUGCUCUGUGAAGGGAUCUACCUUCACACUCUCAUCGUUGUGGCUGUGUUUACUGAGGAGCAACGCCUGCGCUGGUACUAUCUUCUCGGCUGGGGGUUCCCAGUGGUGCCAACCAUCAUCCAUGCCGUUACUCGUGCUCUCUACUACAACGACAACUGCUGGCUGAGUGUGGAGACCCACUUGCUCUACAUCAUCCAUGGACCCGUCAUGAUGGCUCUGGUGGUCAAUUUCUUCUUUCUGCUCAACAUCGUCCGCGUGCUCGUGACCAAGCUGAGGCAGACACAUGAGGCUGAAACCUACAGGUACCUGAAGGCUGUGAAGGCUACCAUGGUUCUUGUGCCCCUGCUGGGGAUCCAGUUUGUCGUGUUUCCCUGGAGGCCUUCCAACAAGGUGCUUGGGAAGAUCUAUGAUUACGUCAUGCACUCUCUGAUUCAUUUCCAGGGGUUUUUUGUCGCUACCAUCUACUGCUUCUGCAACCAUGAGGUGCAAGUCACCCUGAAGCGCCAGUGGGCGCAGCUGAAGAUCCAGUGGAGCCAGCGUUGGGGAAGGCGCCGCCGCCCCACCAACCGCGUGGUUGCGGCUCCCCGCGCCGCCGCCUUUGAGGAGCCAGGUGGCCUCCCCAUCUACAUCUGCCACCAGGAGCCAAGGAACGCUCCCGUCAACAACAAUCAAGGCGACGAGGGUGCUGAAAUGAUCCCCAUGAACGUCAUCCAGCAAGAGGAAUCCGCUUGAAUGUGAAGCCGCCCCAAGCAUUGUGAUCCACUGAGCCUUCAUUUCCCGGGGGAAAGAUAGACCAUGCAUUCCAAGUGACCCCCAUUCCCCCCCGCAGGAGCUGAGCAUAUCAUUUGUGAAGAAGUAUUAAGUGAAUUUUGUCCAUAGUGAUGUUGAAGAGAGUGAUCCUUGGUACUAUUGCUUUGGGAGACAGUCUAGGAAUAGAGUCUCCCACUGCAACUCGUGAACUCCAUCAUUCAUCUGGGACGGAGAUGCCAAUGUCAUAGGAAUGCAGUCAAGGUAUCCAGAAAUUGCCACUAAAUUGACCUAGUUCAGAACAGGGUGCUCCUUGUUAACCUCCAGCCAUUUGUACCGCUGAGAAAUUACAAUCACUCUCAAGGUUUUUAAUUUUAACACUAGAUUUUGAAUUAGACUAUUUCUGUAUUUGGCUAUGGAUCUGAUUUUUAAUUUUUUUAUUUCAAUCAAUUCCUGUUAUUACACAUUUUACCAUCAUCAUCCAUACGGUGUAAACACUGCACAAAUAGCAUGACCUCGGAAAGGUGAUGUCUUUUCAACACACGAAUGGGGAAGAGUGUGGGAAGAAGGUCUGUGUACUGGGCAGGAAGAUGUACAUUUAGAGUGAGUUUGCUCGAAUUGUACCCUCCUCAGAUGGCUUUCGGAUAAUCCAGUCCACAGGCAGACCCGAAUGUUGUAAGGAUUUGAUCUCAGUGUUGCAUGUGCUUUGGUCACUGACAUUUAUCAGUUGGGAGGUCACCAAGAAUCAAUUGCCAAAUUUUUCACAGAACUGCCAAAAACAUAAUUCUCUGUGAAAGAGAACAUUCUUUAAAGAGAGUUUUCCACUUUCCUAAACUACAGGAUUUAUAAAGCAAAUCACUUCAAGGUUUAUAAAGCAGAUUACCUCUUGCCCUUGGGUGCUAUCUAGCAGCAAGAGAUAGAUUUGUUUACGGCUGGUAAUUAAAAGACUCCAUACAAGUCUAUUAACUGCCUUCCACCCAGCUUCAAAGCUUAACAAGAUCUCUGGGUUUCCCAGGAAGACUCCGUGUGGCUAAUUACAAAUCAGUUUCUAGUUGACCUCCUGUUUGCUGCUAUUAGCAAAACAGGAGGGAAAAAAAAUACACAGCAUAAGGACUUGGAGUUUAACCACAUAUUAAUUCAUCUUAAAGUAAAAACAGCUUCUCAUCAAAACCCGGUAUUAUAUUUCCACAUCUCUCUUUACUCCCCAAUAUAAGAUAUUCAAAGGUCCAUGAAUAAACCAGUAUCAUCACUGAUUUCUGAAUCUGCAACAGCAAUCAGUUACCAUUAUUUAAUUUGUUUGCUAAAUGAGGAACUUCAUUGAAACCCCUCCAAAAUCUUGUCUCAUCUGUCAUCUUAUGUCACUGCCUUUCAGAAGUGAUUGAGUUGGCUAAAGACAAAAGUAACCUGAUUCGUCCUGGUUACGUAUUUGGUGCACCCAGAGAAAAACUGUAUUUCCCUAGUGACUAUAGACCUUGGAUACUGAGUGUGUCUCCUUUACCAAAUGUAAGGGAGGAAUUGAAACGAAGGUAUUUUUUCCAAUCACAGUGUUACAUGGUGAUGUUCCUAUUUUUUUGUUUACAAACAUCAAAACCAGUGUGUUUCAGGCAGCUCUAGUACAAAUGUGAUAAUAUAUUGCUGAAGUAUUUGAGAUGUUAUUGUGCUGGUGUAGUAGGGGCUGAUGAAAUCAAACUGGCUCAUCAUAGUGUUGCAUGUAAUACCUAAAUUGUGUGAAACGCUUCUGCUAUGUACAUGUAUAAAUUAAUACAGAGCAUAUUGAAAA